CAGGCUGGUCUUGAACUCCUGGCUUCAAGCCAUCCUCCUGCUGGGAUUACAGAAGUGAACCACUGUGCUCAGUCAAGAAUUUUUUUUCUUUCUUUUUUUAGAGAGACGGGGUUUCACUGUGUUAUCCAGGUUGGUCUCGAUUUCCUGACUUCAUGCUCUACCUGCCUCGGUCUCCCAAAGUGCUGGGAUUACAGGUCCGGGGCGACUCGGGGGCAGACUGCGGGCGCGGAGCUGCAGCUGCGAUUCCAGCCGAGCCACCUGAGCCCGAGCCGCGGGACAUCGGCGCUCCUGCGGUCCAAGGGCUGUGCGCCGCGAUGGGCCCGGGGAGCUGGUCCCCCGCCCCGCUGGGCGCGCUGCCGCCGCUGAGUCUCCUGCUGCUGCCGCUUCUGCUGCUUCUGCUACCGCAGCCUACAACCUGGGCGCUCAGCCCCCGGAUCAGCCUGCCGCUGGGCUCUGAAGAGCGGCCAUUCCUCAAAUUUGAAGCUGAAAACAUCUCCAACUACACAGCCCUUCUGCUGAGCAGGGAUGGCGGGACCCUGUACGUGGGUGCUCAAGAGGCCCUCUUUGCGCUCAGCAGCAACCUCAGCUUCCUGCCGGGCGGGGAGUACCAGGAGCUGCUCUGGAGUGCAGACGCAGAAAGGAAACAGCAGUGCAGCUUCAAGGGCAAGGACCCACAGCGUGACUGUCAAAACUACAUCAAGAUCCUCCUGCCACUCAGCAGCAGUCGCCUGAUCACCUGUGGCACAGGAGCCUUCAGCCCCGUGUGCACCUACAUCAACGUGGAGAACUUCACCCUGGCAAGGGACGGGAAGGGGAAUGUCCUCCUGGAAGAUGGCAAGGGCCGUUGUCCCUUUGACCCCAAUUUCAAGUCCACGGCCCUGGUGGUUGAUGGUGAGCUCUACACUGGCACAGUCAGCAGCUUCCAAGGGAAUGACCCGGCCAUCUCCCGGAGCCAAAGCCUUCGCCCCACCAAGACCGAGAGCUCCCUCAACUGGCUGCAAGACCCAGCUUUUGUGGCCUCAGCCUACAUUCCCGAGAGCCUGGGCAGCUUACAAGGAGAUGAUGACAAGAUCUACUUUUUCUUCCGAGAGACUGGCCAGGAAUUUGAGUUCUUCGAGAACACCAUCGUGUCCCGCAUUGCCCGUAUCUGCAAGGGCGAUGAGGGUGGCGAGCGGGUACUGCAGCAGCGCUGGACCUCCUUCCUCAAGGCGCAGCUGCUGUGCUCACGACCCGACGACGGCUUCCCGUUCAAUGUGCUCCAGGACGUCUUCACACUGAGCCCCAGUCCCCAGGACUGGCGUGACACCCUUUUCUAUGGGGUCUUCACUUCCCAGUGGCACAGGGGAACUACAGAAGGCUCUGCCGUCUGUGUCUUCACCAUGAAGGACGUGCAGAGAGUUUUCAGUGGCCUCUACAAGGAGGUGAACCGUGAGACGCAGCAGUGGUACACCGUGACCCACCCGGUGCCCACACCCCGGCCUGGAGCGUGCAUCACCAACAGUGCCCGGGAAAGGAGGAUCAACUCAUCCCUGCAGCUCCCGGACCGCGUGCUGAACUUCCUCAAGGACCACUUCCUGAUGGACGGGCAGGUCCGAAGCCGCCUGUUGCUGCUGCAGCCCCAGGCUCGCUACCAGCGUGUGGCUGUACACCGCGUCCCUGGCCUGCACCACACCUAUGAUGUCCUCUUCCUGGGUACUGGUGACGGCCGGCUACACAAGGCGGUGAGCGUGGGCCCCAGGGUGCACAUCAUUGAGGAGCUACAGAUCUUCUCCUUGGGACAGCCCGUGCAGAACCUGCUUCUGGACACCCACAGGGGGCUGCUGUAUGCGGCCUCACACUCGGGCGUAGUCCAGGUGCCUGUGGCCAACUGCAGCUUGUACCGGAGCUGUGGGGACUGCCUCCUCGCCCGUGACCCCUACUGCGCUUGGAGUGGCUCCGGCUGUAAGCCUGUCAGUCUCUACCAGCCUGAGCUGGCCGCCAGGCCAUGGAUCCAGGACAUCGAGGGAGCCAACGCCAAGGACCUUUGCAGCAGCUCUCCAGUCAUGGGUCGAUCUUUUGUACCAAUAGCUGAGAAGCCCUGUGAGCAAGUCCAGUUCCAGCCCAACACGGUGAACACUUUGCCCUGCCCGCUCCUCUCCAACCUGGCGACCCGACUCUGGCUGUUCAACGGGGCCCCUGUCAAUGCCUCAGCCUCCUGCCAUGUGCUGCCCACUGGGGACCUGCUGCUGGUGGGCAGCCAACAGCUUGGGGAGUUCCAGUGCUGGUCGCUGGAGGAGGGCUUCCAGCAGCUGGUAGCCAGCUACUGCCCAGAGGUGGUGGAGGACAGGGCAGCAGACCAAACAGAUGGGGAUGCCAGUGUGCCUGUCAUCAUCAACACGUCACGUGUGAGUGCACCAGCUGGUGGCCGGGCCAGCUUGGGUGCAGACAAGUCCUACUGGAAGGAGUUCCUGGUGAUGUGCACGCUCUUUGUGCUCGCCGUGCUGUUUGCACUUUUAUUCCUUCUCUACCGGCACCGGGACAGCAUGAAAGUCUUCCUGAAGCAGGGGGAAUGUGCCAGCGUGCACCCCAAGACCUGCCCUGUGGUCCUGCCCCCCGAGACCCGCCCACUCAAUGGCCUAGGCCCCCCGAGCGCCCCACUUGAUCACCGAGGCUACCAGGCCCUGUCAGACAGCCCCCCAGGGGCCCGAGUCUUCUCCGAGUCAGAGAAGCGGCCGCUUAGCAUCAAAGACAGCGUUGUGGAGGUGUCCCCAAUGUGCCCCCGGCCCCGGGUCCGCCUCGGCUCGGAGAUCCGUGACUCUGUGGUAUGAGAGCUGACUUCAAGAGGACGCUGCCCUGGCUUUAGGGGCUGUGAAUGCUCGGAGAGGGUCAACUGGACCUCCGCUCCAGCUCCUCGUGGAAUACAGCAGCGGUGCCCAGUCCUCGGGAGCCAGCUGGCCUGCUGCUCUCUGAUCAAGUAGUGAGGCUCCAACCACCAAGACACCCGAACAGCCGUGGCGCCAGAGGUCCUGGCCAAAGAUGGGCACCUGCCUAGGUGGGUGGAACAGUGCUCCUUACGUAAACUGAGCCUUUGUUUAAAAAACAAUUCCAAAUGUGAAACUAGAGAGGAAAGAGACAAUGUGGAAUGGCACGCACUGGCUGCUGAAGUUCAUGGCUUCCCAGGCCACUGGAGAUGCGUCCAGAGUUGUGGAGACAGAGUUGGAAACCUUCACCAACUGGCCUCUUCACCUUCCGCCUUAUUCCGCUGCCACAAGCUGCCCUGUCUCACUGCAGACCUCAGGACCAGCUCGGGCUCCAUGUGUUCUGCCUUGCCAGCCGGCCGAGAAUCCAGGACCGCCUCGGGCUCUGUGAGGAUCCAAAACCAGCUCGGGGUCUGUGCAUCCUGCCUUGCCAGCCAGCUGGCUAAAAAUCCAGAACCAGCUUGGGCUGUGUGCAUCCUGCCUUGCCAGCCAUCAAGGAUCCAGGACCAGCUCAGACCCCGCAUGCCAGUGGAGGAUGUCAUUGUUGCUGCCAUCAUCCCACCACCUCAGGGACCAGAGGGCUGGGUUGGCACUGCGGCCCUCACCAGGUCCUGGGCUUGAACUCAGUUCCUGGACCUUUCCGGCCUGUAUCAGGCUGUGGCCACAUGAGGGAGAGGACAGCGUGAGCUCAGGAGAGACUCAGUGACAGUGUGUGCCUUUCCCUCAGAAUUCAAGAAGAGACUAUUGCCUGCCUCCUGCAUCGUAGCCUGAGAAUCGUGUGCCCUUCCUACCACAUGCACCCUAGCUCCAUUGUGGAACUCAAACACAAGGAACUAACCGUACCCUGUCCUCUCCCCAGGCCUCAAUUCACCCCUCAUCCCUCACUUGCCUCUACUCUAAGGGAUAUCAAACACUGCCCAGCGCAGGGGUCCUGAAUUUAUGUGGAUUUUAUAUGUAUUUUUAAUACAAUGCACUUUAUGUCAUUUUUUUUAAUAAAGUCUGCAGAAUUAUUGUUUAA